AUUAAAUUGAUUCGAGCUUAUUGGCCGCAGGAUAAGAUUGGAUCGAUUUAAUGAACUCGUUGCAGUUGAUUAGUUUUUUUUCUGCGUGGAGGGCAUAUAUCUAUUUUUAGGUAAGACCAAAAUUAGACAGUAUCAAGUUUUGCUGAAAUCAUCAAAUUACAUUUGAGCGUGUGCUAAUAAUGUGUCUUAUGUAGCGUUACAAAAGUAAAAGAAUGAAUUAUCAAGGUAGUUCAUCAAUUGAAAGAAUAAGAACCUAUUUAUAGAUAAUGAUGCGAUUAGAAUAACGCUGAAAGAGCUUUAAGUGGUAGCUUUAUUGAAUAUCACGGUUCGCGUUAAAAUCAAUUUGAGCGCGAUAGGCGCACGUGUAGUGCGUUCUAGCAUAAUCUGGUGGCUGUGAAAGAGUUUGAGCGCCUCCUGGCGACGAGGGUAACUGGCGACUGUUGACGGGUGACGGGUGGCGGUGUUCGGAUCUGCUCGGAUCAUCGUCGGUACGGCGCGCGGAAGGAUGCUUUUCUGGACCAAGUGAAUGCGCGAGUGCCCAGAAGUACGAAAACUUUCGCGGUGCAUAUUAAUUGAAAAGCUCCUUUUAUCGUGGAACAUACGUGUUAAGCUGUCUUCUCCUUUCCGUACACUUCGAGAUACUUGUCAGUGGUCCACAAUUUCGCGAUUUGUUUUUUAUCUUUGAAACGUUCAGUUAACUGAAACUGACAUCGUCGAUGUUAACUGAAAACUCUACGAAUCUCUUAUCGAUACUCGCAAGACGGUACCCGUCAGAAUUUUGCGACGACGGCGACGACGACGACGUCGUCGUCGAGUUACAGUCGCAUCUUCUAUCACGGAUGAUUAAGCAACGGCACUUGUCAAGGCAGUAUGGCAGGUAACAAGACAACAGGUAGUCCUUUGCAAUUUAGGCCUGUUGAGGUCUCUAAACAGCUGCAAAAUGGAGAAAAAUUUCUUAAAUGGGACGAGGACUCUGGUAUAGCAACUCCUGUGACAUUAAGGGUAGACAAGUUUGGAUUUUAUUUGCAUUGGGUGGAUCAACAUAAUGAGAUGGAAAUGUUGGAUAUUGCUAUAAUAAGAGAUACCCGCACUGGAAAAUAUGCUAAAGUACCAAAGGAUCCUAAACUGAAAUCUAUUGUGACAGUGGGCUUUCAAGAUUCAUUGGAGGAAAAGACAGUGACGAUUUGUUAUGGAUCUGAUUUUGUCAAUAUGAAUUUUAUUAACUUUUGUACAACGAGUGCAGAAAUUGCACAACAUUGGACAGAGCAAAUUUUUCAGCUUGCAUAUAAUUUAACUCUACUCAAUACUAGUACAACUAUGUUUCUGCAGAAAGCAUAUACCAAGCUUACACUUACAGCUGAUAAAUCAGGAAAAUUUCCUGUGAAGAACGUAAUAAAAAUGUUUGCGCAAAAUAAAGAAGAUCGUAAGCGUGUCGAGAAAGCACUCGAUAUUUCAGGUGUUCCAUGCGGAAAAAAUGACAUGAUAUCGGUACCAAAAUUUCAAUUUGAAGAUUUCUUCAACUUUUAUAAGUCUCUUACUCAGCGAGCGGAUGUUGAAAAAGUUUUUGAAACCAUUGUAGGCAAUAAUAAACGUAAAUUAAUGUCCGUUACUCAAUUUGUUGAAUUUUUGAACAAAACACAAAGAGAUCCGCGUCUAAAUGAAAUAUUGUAUCCAUAUGCAAAUGAAGCUAGAGCAAAAGACAUUAUAAGUCAAUAUGAACCAAAUAAAUGUAAUGCCAGUCGGGGUCAGUUAAGUUUCGAUGGAUUUUUAAGGUAUUUGAUGAGCGAGGAUAAUCCAAUCGUUGCUUUGUCGAAACUUGAAUUGUCGGAUGAUAUGGAGCAACCGCUUGCGCAUUACUUCAUAAAUUCUAGUCACAAUACAUACUUAACAGGACAUCAACUUACCGGAAAAAGUUCUGUAGAAAUAUAUCGUCAGUGCUUACUUGCUGGUUGUCGAUGCGUGGAAUUGGACUUUUGGAAUGGAAAAUUUGAUGAACCUGUCAUUGUCCAUGGAUAUACAUUUGUACCUGAAAUUUAUGCACGGGAUGUAAUUGAAGCAAUUGCUGAAAGUGCUUUCAAAACAUCAGAAUAUCCUGUUAUUCUUAGUUUUGAAAAUCAUUGUAACCCAAGGCAGCAAGCUAAGAUAGCUCAGUAUUGUAGAGAAUUGUUUGGAGAAAUGUUGCUUGAUGCCCCUCUUGAAUCUCAUAAGCUGGAACCUGGCCAAGAAUUACCACCUCCGUCUUUGUUGAAACGUAAAAUUAUAAUAAAGAAUAAGAAGAAACAUCAUCAUCACCAUAAAAAACAUAAGAAAAAGCAACAAACACCAGUAUCAGAGGUUGAAGAAGGAGCCCAAGAAAACGAAGAUAAUGGAGUAGUAAACGAAAGUGUUGAUGGAGAGAAUGGUCCACCGCCGGACGUUGUUCCUCAAGCCGAAGGUGGUGAUAACAAUGAUCAGCAGAUUGGAAACGGAGAUAUUUCGCAUCCUCCAAUGUUGCAACAAAGACAAGGCAGCAAAGAUAGUGCUCAAGACGACGAUGAUGAAGAAGAAGAAUCAAGUACGGAAGAAGAUGAAUCAAACGUGGAGGAUAUUAAAUUAAGGAUGGAUGACAAAGUGCCUGCACCUGAUAAAGUAGCGUCUAGCGCUAAAGAAACGGAAGCUGGGGCAGAAAUUUCAGCCUUAGUUAAUUACGUACAACCUGUUCAUUUCAAUAGUUUCGAAUCAGCUGAAAAAAAAAACCGUAUGUACGAAAUGUCGUCAUUCGACGAAAAACAAGCUACAACUCUUUUGAAGGAACGACCACUUGAAUUUGUAAAUUACAAUAAGCAUCAGCUAUCAAGAGUAUAUCCAGCAGGCACGCGUUUUGAUUCUAGUAAUUUUAUGCCUCAAGUAUUUUGGAAUGCUGGUUGUCAAUUAGUUGCAUUAAAUUAUCAAACACUUGACCUUGCAAUGCAGUUAAAUCUGGGUAUCUUUGAAUACAAUCAGCGUUGCGGUUAUCUCAUGAAACCGGAAUUCAUGAGGCGAAAGGAUCGUCGAUUAGAUCCUUUCGCAGAAUCAACUGUGGAUGGUAUCAUAGCAGGAACAGUUCACAUACAUGUAAUAUCGGCUCAGUUGUUAACAGACAAAAGAGUGGGUACUUACGUUGAAGUUGAUAUGUAUGGUUUACCAGCAGACACAGUAAGAAAGAAAUUCCGUACGAAAAUUGUUCCAAACAAUGGAAUUAAUCCUGUAUACGAUGAAGAACCUUUUGUAUUCAAAAAAGUUGUGUUACCUGAAUUAGCUUCGAUCAGAAUUGCUGCAUACGAAGAGUCAGGUCGUCUAAUAGGUCACAGGGUAUUGCCAGUAGUUGGACUAUGUCCUGGAUAUCGACACGUUGCUCUUAGAACCGAGUGUGGUCAACCAUUACCUUUAGCAAGUUUAUUCCUACAAGUUACCGUGAAAGAUUACGUUCCAGAUGGGCUUAGCGAGCUAGCCGAGGCUCUGGCGAAUCCGAUUAAAUACCAGAGUGAAGUAGAGAAGAGAGAAAAGCAAUUGUCAGUUCUUACAGAUUGUGUGGAUGAUCCGUCAGAUGAAGUUGAUGAUAAGCCGAAAGUUGGUGAAGGAGCAAGUUCUUCUAAGCCAACUGAGGAAACUGUCAAAACGAAAAGAUUACAAUCUGUGGGUGAACUGCCGACACCUAUUUCAACAUCUAGCAAUGUGCACGGUAGGCCAUCUGUUGCAACUACAAAUACGUCCGAAACGCAAGAUGCCGAUGUUGGAACUCCAGCUCCACCGGUUCAAGUUGUUGAAGCUUCUGGCAAUAAAAGUCCGAUCAAUGCCAGUAGCAUGCUCGACGAAGUAGUAGCUGAAUCGUUAGAGAAAUUAAUGGAAAAUAAGCUUGUCAGAGAGAAGAAAAUGGAAUUGGAAAAGAAACUGGAAUCUUUACGAAAGAAACACGAGAAAGAAAAAUUAAGAGUACAAUCGCAAAAAAGUUCUCUGGACGGUGAAAAGCACAAAUCGAAGUUUUAUAUGAGCCACAAAUUAGUGAAGCGGUUGUCAAGCAGAAACAUCUUUUCUAGCGAGGUAGGAUUGAGCACGUUAGCUCUGGCCGAGACGUCAGAGUGUACGGAUUUAGAAAAUCGUGAAGGUAAUGGCGGAGCUCCAAAGGGAUUACCCAGAAGUCAGAGUGAACGUUUCUUAGCUGUGUGCAAAGCUCACGUUCAACAGGAACGCGAACUUCAGGAAAAGUAUUACGAAAGCCUAUUCACAACCGUGGAGAAAGUAAUGAAAACCUCUCAAUCUAACCAGUUGAAAACAUUAAGAGUACUAUUGGAACGAGAAACUGCCGAUGUUAUGAGGAAACUUCAAACUACCAGGCACGGAGAGGUAAAACAGUUGGCAAAAGUACAUAAAGACAAAGCGGAACUGGAUCGUAUGAAACGAGAAGUGGCUAAGUCGACUGUUGAAAAGGGUGUGAACGAGUGUACUCGAUUGACGAAAAUUUAUGAGAAAAGAAGGGCAGAACUGGAACGGCAGCACGAAGAAGUUCGCCAAAGACUCGAAGAAGAAAGGGCUAAAGUAAAAGCUACCCUAAUGGCGGAGUACAGUAGUCGUUGUAGUAAAUUCGAAAGCGGAGAGCUGCCUUUAUCUCCAUCCGGCGGAACCAGUAUGCCGGAAUCACUUAGCGGGAAUAUGUAUUGACUGAAACGAUAGAUGGUAUCUUGGUUUUAACCUGACACGGUUUGGAAAAUUUCCAAACCUAUGGUAAUUUUGCCGAAAGUGUAAUCCGGUUCAGGAAGACAACAACGGAUUUUACUUCUCCGAAGGAUAAACAAAAUCAUGGCGUAUACUGUAUCGAGAACGGUAGGGAAUUCGUGAAAUCUACGCAGUUACCUGUGUUUUGCUAAAAUAAUUUUAUCCACUUCUGAGAAAGUCUUUUUUGCAACGUGUACAGCAUUUAGGAGGGAGUGUACGAUUUCGACGAACAGAACACUGUGAAAUUUCAAGCAAAUUGUUCUGGAAUGGUUCGUUUACGAAGUCUUGCGUACAAAGAAUUUCUUUCUUUCUUUUUUUUUUUUUUUUGACGUUUGAGAUUUUAUCAUGUAUAGGCUCGUUCGAAAGGUUCGAUAUCGAUCAGCCCGUUAAAAGACGAUUUUUCAUUUUGUUCGAAAGAUCUUUGAUUUCAUUUUGUUUUUUGAAAGAUCAGCAACGAGCGUCGAUUGAUCUUCCAAUCGAUGCCACUUUGAUCUCAACGCGAAUAAGUAUCAUUGACCGUUGUGUUCGACAAGAUAAAGAAGCGAAUUCUAUGUUUUCUUCUUCGAUUGGAUAUUUUACUUACGCACAGUAUUAAACGCACUGUUUCUCAUUAUACUCGAGACCAUCGCCGCCCAGCGUCGGGAUUAUAUUCCGUUUUUCAAGUCGACGAUAUUUCCAGAGAAUGGCGCCAGAGCAAAAGAACGAGAUCACGUGAGAAGAGGUACAUGAUUCUAAAUAAGGAAUAACGUUUCUAAGUGCUACUAUUUAAUCUUGUUAUUAUAUGUAUAAGGCGUUAUUUAAUUAGAAGAGAGACCGAUGCUAAGUCGCGUUCCAAAAGUGUAAAAUCGUAGGAUCGCCAACACGAUCGGCGACAAUGAAGCGAAAAGAAGAAAAGGACGUACACCAACGAGGAUGGAAUCUCUUUGGCCUAGAGGUGUAAGGGACGCGGCGAGGUUUUAAGAUUCGGAUGGGCGUAUGCGUGAUUUGAUAUAUUUUUGACUGAAAGUACUCCGUAUAAAGACAAUUUUUCGAGUAGCCCGUAUUGCGUACGCUAAAAAAAUGAAAGCGAACCAAAAAAAUGAAGAAGAGAAGCAAAGAAGAAAAGAGACGAGUUAAUAUUAGAAAAAAAAAAAGAAAAAGGUAACGUUUCCAACGUUUUUGUAUCGCGCGAUUUCGCACUGCGGCUGUUUCACAGUCAAAGGCGAAAUUAAAAGAAAGAAAAAGGAAAACGUUUUGGGGCGAGCCUCUUCUAGGAAGACAAUCAAAAAUGUUACGCUGUAACAUUGUCCUUGUUGUUUCUAAUCGUACGAUAUUUUAAGUAAUUCGAUAUUACACAUACAUAUUAUAUAUAUAUACACGUAUACAUAUAAUUCUGAAUAGCUAUUACAAAGAAUUUAGGAUUAAAAGAUAACUGCGCGUUCACGCAUUGUAAAUUUCUCUCGUGUGAUCCAUCCCAUUAUAAUUAUCUCGUAUAUAAGAUCGCGAGCUUUUGCAAAAAGAAAAUGAAGAAAAAGAAAAUAAGAAACGAUCACUAUUAACACACGAUAUGUAACAUAUGUGUAUAUAUGUAUACGUGCACGCACACGAACAUACGUACAUUGACGUUUAUGCGUUUCACCAGACGCGCAAUUAGAGCGUGCUCGUUAUCGAUGCGAAAGAGAAAAGGGACACCUUUGCUAUUAUACAUACAUACGUGUGACACUUGCGUACUGGCUUAUGUUGCGUCGAGUGGUCAUCAACGGAUCAAUUCGAAAUUGUUUUCUUAACUAUGCGACUGGGAUGAGGGUAGUAGUAAUGGAAAUAGCGAUGGCAGUGGGCUGGCGGUGGCAAAAUGGAUAAGCUCCCUAUUUCCCAUGAAUUUCUCCCUUAUUGUGUGAUUGAAGAUCCCGAUUCGAUAAGAGGAAUCAUGGAAAUAGGGAUGAUUGUGGAAUAGAAGCGUGGUAAUUGAUAAAAUAGUCAACUACGAACGCAAAGAAUCUCAGGAUGGAUUUCUGAGCACCGAGUCCUUAUUUUCUAUAGAUUUUUCCAUUAUAUUAUGGCGUUUACGAGUGUCGCGAGUAUUCCGCCUGGGCUGGUCCACGGGUUCGAGCAUACGACGAGCUGGGCGCGGUAGUAAUUUCCUGGCAUUUAGGCUCGUUCCGUUUCAAACCGUUUUCGUCGUGUAAAACGCUAAACGAUCGCGGGUUCAGGCUGAAACGUUCGCCUUGUUGCGCAGUUAUACCUUAUCUUACGCUCGUUUCUGGAAUUUUUCUUUUCUCUUCUCGGGGAAGUUACGUUGCUGUAGAAAUUCUCUACGAGACCUAGUUACGAUGUUGUUUUACGAGUCAUCAGUGCAACAGGCGAUAUCGGUUGUAGUUUAUUCCGUCUCGCAGACACAGAAUUCUUUUCUUAAUAGCUACGCAAACGGUUUCUUAACGCUUCUGUAGCAACCCGUUUCUCUAUUUCCACCUAACAAUUUUUUAUGUGUUUCGUGACAAGUAUUUCAAAACCGUUCCGGAUUUAACCGACCGGUUAAAUCUUUUUCAACGUAUAGAGAUUAAUUGUAAUAUUAUUUUUAUGAUAGAUGAAAUAUUUGACAUCAACAGAAGAAAAAAAAAAAAAAAAGAUAUGUUGAACGUCUUAUUGGUAUUAUUGUUUAUAUAAUAACAGUAUUUAAUUUCGCACAAAAUAACGUCGUACGUCGAUAAACCCUGCGAUUUACGUAGAGGGAACGCGAUAACGAUUUGAAAGAUCGAGUGAUCCUAUUGAAGCUGUGAGUUGUUGUCAAUAAUUGUUUAAUUUUAAGCGCAAGGAACACUGCAUUUUAAGUUGAAAGAAGGGUAUCCUAUCGUUAAAUGAGAAGGACGUAUUAUAGCAGUGGCGAAUUUAGGCUGUAUAUAUCAAAUUUCUUAACAUUUUCAGUUACGAACGUUAGAUUAUCUUUUAUAAGACACCAAAGGCAAAAUUCGCCACUGUGUAUUAGUGUAUUAGCUCAACCCAGCUACCCAAAGUUGGGUCUGAGGGGUUAGCGCAAGGAUUAAAAGAAAAAAAAAUAUAUAUAUUCCGCCAAGGUGUAGUUUUAAGCGUCCAUCCGGAUGAAACGAUCGUACACGAUGAGUUACCAAUAUUCCUUAUUUUUAUUCGCGCCGAUCGCGAUCAGAUUUUCGCUGCGAAGCUUACCAUCUUCCGUUCUGCUGAAAGGGAAAAGGAAUGAUGUCGCAAGUCGCGGUGGACUCGAUUGAUGAGAACAUUUUAACCAAGAGGGAAAAAGCACAGUGAUAAUCUAUUAAAAGAUGAGAUAAGUGUAAGUGUAAGCGCGAGCGGGUAUAUUUAAAUUAAGUAGCGAUAGUCGAUGGAAGGAACUACCUUUAGCGUUGAAACGCGAGGGAAAUCAAUAGUACCAUUUAUGCUAAGUCGUACAAGAUUAUCGGAAGUUUAUAUAUACAGAUACACACACACACACAUACACAAUCUCUUUAUCUAUAUUAUAUAUACAUGUAUAUCGUAACGUUCGUAUACAGAUUAUACGUGUGUCGAUGUUUUCUCUGAUCGUUUAAAACAUCACGACGAUGCAUCGCUCACGUUUGCGACGUCUCCAAUGUUUGCCGCGAGCGUGGAACGUUUAUAAAAUAUGCAACAGGCGAUACGUGGUUGUGAAUUCUUUUUCAAACGCUUGUCGUCGAGACGCGAAACGUUUCGCGAACGAUCGAACUGAGAGGAUUUGUUAAAAAAACAGCGCGAAUCAUUUCGAUCGUUUCAAGCGAACCACCUUUUGAUCUCUCGACGGAUUCCUUCCUUCGUUGCACGAGAAACUUUUGGAAAUUUCUUGUCAGAAUCGUGCCACACGAUGCAUUUCCCUCGGAUAUUUUUUUUUUUUCCGCGCGGGUCACCGCGUAUUCGCUCAGGACGAACACGGUUUCGUCCUCUUCCUAUGUAUAUUCCUGUAAUUGUACAGGACGCGACGAGAUUGAUAUUAACGAGAAACUGGCGAUAGAAAUGACGAGCAAAAUGUAAGUUUCUAAAAUCAAAUUUUAUCAUGCGUCAACUUUUCUGAAGAAAUUCAGUCAACCUAUCGUCGUAUUCUUUUCGAUAUCAGGAAUUUCGUCGCUUCCUGUAUACAAACAGCGUGCGCGAAUUAUGUAUAUUACACACGUACCUAACGUAUAAGUAUAAAGGAAAAAGAAGCUAGAUUACGACGAGGACAGAUAUUAUAUUCAUGUUGAUAUAUUAUGUGUUGUUGCUGUUGAUGUUGUUAACGGUAGAUUAGCGAAAAAGGUGGCAGUACUAGUGUAUAGUCGUUGUUUCGUAGAGCUAAUGCGAGGACUAGUAUUUGCGUUACCUGUACGCGACACGCGGUCGUGUUAAUCGAUUGCCAAAAAAUGGAAAAAAUAAGAAAAAGAAUAAUCGAUUGCGUGCGAGAAGAAACAGUUGUAAGUUGUAGAUGUAAUUUUAUGAAAAACGGCCUAUCGACGAUCGUGACGGUCUGGCGUCGCUCACGUUCCUUUCGAAAUUCAUGAAAAUCUGAUAGCUCUACUCGUGAAAACCGUGAUCGCGGUUAGACUCGCGAAGUACAAUUUCUAUCUCGCGGAAAUCAUUUUCUACCGUGAAUCUCUUUGGCAUCCGUGCGAUAUAAGGAUCUUUUGUAACAACGAUUCUUCGUACCUGACUCGAUUCUUCUGUCGGUCCAACGUUUUACCUCGGUGGGCUUUUUUCUAAAGCAAGGAAACAGGUAAACGAGCACGCGAGAACGGCAGAGGUUUCUUCUCUUCUUCAGAUCGUCAAGUCUGUCAAUUCUUCGAUGCUUCGAAUACUUCUUCGAUGUUUCAAUGUGAUUUUUAUUCUCUAUCGAACUCGUUUCCGUUCCUCUUUUACUCGUGCUCGAUGGUCGUCGUUUUUUCGUCCGAACCGGUGUUCUCUUUUGGUACCAACGAGGUGCCAUUUUUAUUCCCCGAUCGACCGACCGCUUCCGUUUUCUUUCUUCUUUCUACGAGUCUUCGUUUUUGCUCAAUCACUCUAGUUUCUGUUGGAUAUUAGAAAUUUGAAAGCGAUGAAAAUAGAGUCAUUUUUAUUUAGAAACAGACGUCCGUUGAAAAGUUGGUUAGUGGAAGGAACACGAAGCGGUCGUAAACGAAUCGUAUAUUUUCAUUGAUUCUAUCAUUGUGUCGUAGGCCUUUAAGUCUUGCCAAUUGUUCAGGAUUCUCUUGCCUUCCAGUGGAAACAGAUUUUUAAUCGUCCAACGCGAGGACACGAAACAGCGAUCUUAUUGAAAGUUUAUUCUAGUUAAAUUAUUGUUUUCUUUGAUGGGAAGCAGAGGGAUGGGUAUCGAUCGAAUCGCGGGAUAUUUGCAAACGAUUAACGGGGAAGAAAUUAGAACGACGCGCGGUGUGUCGCGGACAGUUUGUUUUUCCCUCGGCUUCGAACACGGUCGAUUCCUUCGUUGGUUACUGUCACGCAACGCACCGAGAAAAUUGAGGGUUUCGUCCUUUCGUCGUCCACGAGCUUACCACGGCUCUCGGUCUCGGCUCCCUUCUCGCUCGUGAACGGUUAUUGUUAAUUGCCCGUACAAAAAACCGUGCGUACCUAUUAACCGUAAUUUACGAGUCGCUUCCACAUUAGAUACCGCCGAGGGUAGGGAUUGCUCGUUGUAACGUUCCUCUCAAGAUUUUUCGCCGAUACAUAUUUUAAGCUACUUUAUACGCGUCUCAACGCCGCUCGCGCCAAUUGAUUUAGCGUGGCAAUUUAAUUUUCCACGGAAAGUUACUUUUUACCUAUUCUUCGCUACAUACAGGGUGAUUUAAAAUAUGGCUGUUUCGACACGAAUAAAUUAAGAAUUUCGUUCUUUUUUUUUUUUUUAUUUUUUAAUCUCGACGACCCUCGAUCUUUGAUUGACUCAAUUUUCCAAUGUAAGAAUCUCGCCAAAGCUCGUUCGAUUGCAGAAUCUCAGUGCAUACGUAGUAUAUAUAUUUUCUCUUUUUCUUUUUGACUACGUGUGAGAAUGUAUGCGUGUGUGCGUGUCACACGGAUCGACGUGUCCUCGCGGUUUUGUCUCUUGUAGGAGACGCGACGCACAUCCUCCACCAAGCUCGUCCUCCGUUUCCGCAAUUUUCAUUGCGAAUUCAGUCCGCACAGAUCUUCCGUAACGAUAAGGAUUUUUUGAGCCGUUUUUUAUACGUGUACACGCCUCGCCUUUUCUUCCUGAUCUGGUGGUGAACCACCAUCGUACACAACUCGUUCCCUCGAUCGGACUGUUUUUCCUUGACAUUUCGGAAUAUUUUUUCGAUUUCGACGCAUUUACAUUGUUUUUCUUCGCUUCGGACAGCUACGUGUUUUAGGUGUAUCGUUAACGAUGUAGAAGCAUCGCGCUACGAGACAAAACGCUUUCGUUCUUGCUUCUGUUCCUUUGCGGGACAAGAGUUCGCGAAACGCGCUAGAAUCUCGAGUUGCUUCCAUUUUAGAGUUUCGGUACCGUUUUCCUCGACGGAUCGAUGCGUUUUCGCGUUCUUUCCACGACAACGAGAAGAAUAUCCUCCGUACUGGUUGAAUUGUUUAAGAAAGGAGAAAAGGAGAUCCUAGUCGUUGGGAUAUUCUUCUUGUUCUCAGUGUCGCGAUUCGGUUUCUCGGACCUCGAAGAAACGUCAGAGUACCGAAACAAUCGAUGUCGAUCGGUUUCCAACCGAUUUUGGGUGUACUUUUUUUAGGCAAAAGCGUUAGAAAAAAUAUUGUUACUCCCUGUUAUGGAUAAGCACCACGAAUUAAAGGAAAAACAAUGAGACCCAGUUAUUAUAUCCGUAUCGACGAUAUAUGAGUUUUAACGAUAUUCUAUAAAUGGCUGUACCGUAUUGUAAAAUCAAAGAUAUAGUGUACAAUAAAGUUUAGUGUUGUAGAAACA